UCCUGCUGAGCUUACUGCUGCACUACGAAAUUUGACCUACAUUUUGACCCCCUACUCUAAGUCCUCUGGACUCUACCCUGUUGGGCAUCCUGAAUCAAUAAAAACUUAAACCUGAUUCUACAUUUAAACAUUCCUAUUUACUUGUUGCAGGGACAUUACUGUUUAACAGUCUACACUGAGUGAUAACAGAAUACAAGCCACAUUGACAUUCUCUGCGUUAGAAUUUUACUGAAUGAAACAUGAAUUCUGUAAAAUGACUUCUCUGUAUUUUGCCUUUCUUCAAUACAUUCUCUGUGUAGGAAUUCUAAUGUGAAUUGUAUUGUGAAAAAGGCACAGAAAUGAAGCGCAGGAUGGAAGAGAGAACAAGCACGACUUGCUAAGAUGGAACAAUUCUGCAGGAAUGAGGAGGAGGAUAAGGAAGGAAUCCACCCGGAAUGAUGCGAGGCGGCGAUGUUUGUUCCUCUCGAUCCAGGACAGGAUAAGUUGCAAGCACGCAAGCACUCGUGGAUAUGAGAGAUAGCUCGUCACAAUUUGCGGCAGGAUGAGCUCGAAGGAUCACUCAUGCGGCUACGAUGCCAUGGAUUCCCUUUGUAUUGUUGGUCUUUUCCUCACCUUGUACAGAUUGAGAUGUUACAAUGCCUGAUUGCUCCAAAAUAGCGAGCCUGCCACGUCGAGGUAGUGCUUCGAUUGCAGGCUUAAACCCCUGCGAUCGGGAUGGAUUCAUGUCUUCGAUGAGUUGCGAUCCUCUGUCGUGUUUGGGCUGUGUCGCGUUUGCUUGUGAAACGUGUCCCAAUGUGAAUCCACUCUGGUCGUUUGCUUAGUGAAUCGUGGACGUCGGUGUGAGCUGGGAGAUCAUCUGAGAUUUGUUUUGUUAUGGGGAGCCCCGAAUCUUCGACGUCCAGGGGCGGCACCGCCAUCCCCUCGUAUGUGAUGGCGAUGUCGGGGUCCUUGGGUGGAUUGGUGGAAGCGUGUUGCUUGCAACCCAUCGACGUGAUCAAAACGCGCUUGCAGCUCGACUCUCGGGCCCGUCGCGAGUACCGAGGCAUCCGGCACUGCGGCUCCACGAUCGUCCAGCAGGAGGGUAUGCGUGCGCUGUGGAAGGGCCUGACUCCGUUUGCCACGCAUCUUACCUUGAAGUAUACUCUCCGAAUGGGCUCCAACGCGCUCUUUCAAUCUGCCUUAGCAGAUGCGCAGACGGGCAAACUUAGCGUGACUGCACGACUUGCAGCAGGCUUCGGCGCGGGCGUUCUGGAGGCCGUUGCAAUCGUCACCCCAUUCGAGGUUGUGAAAAUUCGGCUACAGCAGCAGAGAAAUGUCGUUCGUGAGCUGGUGAAGUAUCAGGGUCCCGUGCAUUGCGCGGCGACCAUCGCACGCGAGGAGGGACUCCGAGGGCUGUGGGCCGGCGUUGCACCCACCAUUUUACGCAAUGGCACCAACCAGGCCGUCAUGUUUUCGGCGAAAAAUUACUGCGACAAGCUCUUGUGGAAGAAACACGACGGGGAUGCUGUCACGCUCCUGCCAUGGCAAUCCAUGGUGUCUGGCUUUUUGGCAGGUUUUGCUGGACCUAUCGCGACGGGACCAUUCGACGUCGUGAAGACACGCCUGAUGGCACAGACUCGAGGUCUGCGAGGUGGCGACGCACAAUACCGAGGAAUGAUGCACGCGAUCACUCGGAUAUACGCUGACGAAGGAUUGUUUGCUUUGUGGAAGGGUUUGCUACCGCGUCUGAUGCGCAUUCCCCCAGGUCAAGCAAUCAUGUGGGCAGUCGCAGAUCAGGUCACGGGUCUUUACAACCGCAGGAUUGAGAUGUCUGAGUCGAAAGCCCUAUCGCACUCAAGCAGCGUGUACUUGUGAUUUGAAACGAGUCCAUUGACAUGCGACGAUGCAUUAUCCUGCUGCGCAACAUUCCGAACCCCACACGUAGUCUGUGCAGAAUUGAAGAAAGCCCGUCGUCAAUGGUGGAAGAUCAAAUCGAUGAAGGCUUCGGUUUCUGCAUUCAUAAUCCAAGCAUGAAUCUCUUAGCGCUGAUCGAAAAAACAAAACACAAAACACAAAACAAAUCACUUCAUGUGCGAAUGAAAAGCCCGAGAUCAUGCACGAGGGCAUCUGAACUAGUGACGAUCGAUCAGAGAAAAGUCAAUUAUGAUAGGAAACUUUUUCACAAUUUGUGGACUUCCUCCACGAAUGGCGUGGAGCAUUUCUAGGAGAUGCAUUGGAAAUGGAUCCCAGUGAUUUAAAAAAAAAAAAAAAAAAAAAAAAAUCAUGCAAGCAACUUAGUUCAGAGCAACCAUGGUUUCAAUAUUGCAACAGAUGGAAUCAUGUAGCCACCAGGUUUUGCAUACGAUUUAAUCAAGUAGAAAGAGUGAUAUAUCAUUAUGAUAGUGCAAAUUAGAACAUGAAAAUAUCCCAAGAGGGUUGGCAUUAUGCAAUUUUGUU